AUGUUACCGAACAGACGGAACGAAGAGGAAAGUGUACUGUUCGAGAAAGUAUAAAGUAUACAUCGAUAUAAGAAGAAGAGAAGAAGACAGUAGUAACGUCGGAUGACGAGCAACAUUGACAAUCGCGCGCAUCCAAUCGAUGGCCCACUGCCACUUCGUUUCUGCCUAGAGCCCAUCUUUCUUACUUUCUCUCCACCUCUCUUUUUAAACCCCUUCUUCGACACACCCCAUUCUCCAUUUCGUUCUCUCGUUCUCCGACUCAACGUAGUUUAACACUUCCUUCUCAUCGUUUCUCGGCUUACUUCAUCCAGUUAUUUUCGUAAAAAUAUUCCCCUUUUCCUUUCCAUCACUUCAGAAUUUUUGAAUUUUAAAAUGUAUUGGAUCAUUUUUACAUUCACAUUUGCUUUCAUUUUCUAGGUUUUUUUUUUUUCUUUAUCGAAGAAAACGCGUAAUGGUAACACUUCGUUACAUAUAACUUCGUUGUUAUUUUCUUUCUUUAUUUCUCGAUUAUUUUGCUCGUUGCACAUUUCAUCUCGAAUUUCACAUAUAUUUCUGAGCAUUACAUUUCUUUUUUCUUUUUUUUUUUUUUUUUCUUAUCAGUUUUUCUUCCUUCCCGACAGUUUGUCUUUAUCGUUGCAAGUGUUUCCCUAGCGGCGUGUACGGCAACGGCCGCGUCGGCGUCGGCGUCGGCGUUGGCGUCGGUGCCAGUAUCGGCAUCGGCGCUAUCAUCUCGGUGGUUGGGUUAGUAGACGAACGAAGGCGGUCGAGUGCAUUGGGUAGACCGCAGUGCCGCGUUACGGGUAAGCACUUGAGAAAGUAAACCUGAUCCAAUUCAGCAACGCGAGAGAAAGAUUUCGGAGUAGAUUCCAGUGCGAUAGCAUGAACGCAGGAUGAUCUGCCGAUAUUCAGGGUCAUUGUGGCCGCGUAUCGCUUGAAAAAAAAGGUUGGU